CUCUGCCCAGCAAAUGAGCAACAGGAGAGAGCCUCAGCAACCAGACCUACGGCCAAAGCACUUUGUCUCCAUCUCAGCUUCUCUUCCAUUUAAAAACAACUCCAAUCCCAAAAUCUUGUCUUUUGAACGGCCUGACCUUGAACCCUCUCACUUCUGGGCUGGAUCCUUAGGCCCCUGCACUACAAAUGUCCCAUUAAACUUUGAUGUCUGUUUCAAAUCUAGUUUUCCCCCUUGAAUACUGCAAGUUCAGUGGUACUUCACCUUCACCACACAGUUUCCAAGAGGAUUCAUGCAAUAAUCAAUUCUGUGGCUCAGCUGGAGCCCUGGCACACAGCAGAGGGCUGAUUUGGGAUUUCAGCAAUGUCAUUUCUUCUGAGAAGAGGCAAAUCCAUGCUGCUCUCUCGGCUUUAAUCCUUAGAAAGUUGCAGGUUUCCUUUGAGUCAUUCUCUACACUCCCUCAGGAGUCAGACAGCAGCCUACAGUGAAUUCCAAGGAAUUCCUAGAAAGCUUGGGCGAGAUGAUUCCUACCCAGGCUGACAUGUGCCUCAGGGAUCUGGGAUGCUCCUGCUGGAAACUGCUGGCCCUGGGACCAGAACUGUCACCUCCCUUCCUGCUGACUCCGUGUCUGUGUCCCCAGCUAUGCAAUCUCACAUCCCCUCACCAGCCCAGUCCUUUCAAGGGCAAACACUUCAUGAUCCAGGAGCUGAUGGGGCACCAGGAGAUUUGGAGAGGGACUUUGGACAAGGGCAUGGAGUGACAGGACAAGGGGCAAUGGCUUCCCACUGACCAGAGAUUGGGAUCAGGUUGGAUCUUAGGGAAAAAUCCUUCCUUGUGAGGAUGGAGAGGCCCUGGCACAAGUUGCCCAGAGGGGUGGGUCAGGUAAAAACAAACACAAGGGCUCCCAUGUCUGAGGAGGAGGAGGGUGAGCCCUUAUCAAGGGCUGGAAAGGGGAUCAGAGCAUCCCAAAACCUGCUCCCUAAUAGCUUUCAUUGCAUCAUCAAGGGCAUUGGCAGUAAUUAGGGUGAGCUCUAAGUGCUGAUGACCUGGCUGCAAGCAACUGAGUGCUGACCUUCCCUUGGGCUGUGUGAGCCUGCAUUGGAAUGACAGAAAUGGGAAUUCUUAGCUCCAUUUGCUUUCUUGUGGCCCAGGAGGGUUUUUUAAACGAUCCCAGACCUCUUCCCAGAAUGGGAGUUGUUUCUGAGAAGCACUCAGAUGUAUGCACAGUGCUGAGAGCACUUCCAGCACUGCCAGCAGUUCUCUGCUGCUAGAGGCACAGUGACCCCUCCGGGCAGAUAAAUGAGGAAUGUAGAAACUUCCUGAGAGAGGGAAAGCAUUUGGAGAAUGUCCCAUCUGGAAGAGUUUCUAAUCAGGAGGAAAUGAGGAGCUCUUCAAAGAAAUCUGCACAUUGAGCUACUUCCUCUAUGGCAGAAAAAAAGUCAAACAGAGGAAGGGAAAUUCUGACGCAACCCAAGAUUAAAUUUCUGACUUUCCCGCCAAGCCUUGCGAAACAACAGCAGGACAGGGCACAGAGAAGAACCAGCAGGACGGGAACGGGGAGUUCCUGGUGAUCUGGGCACUUUCUCCUUCAUGUCACUGACCUGGCAGCAGCCGCUUUAGGACAUGGAUCCCAAAGGAGCAAGAGGUACCAGGAAGCGCCGCUGAUCUGCACAGACCCCUUUGCCUGCUGCUGCCCCACAGGGAACAGGGAGCUGCUGAGAACCUGCAUGGUCCAUCCCUGGAUUCUCCAAGCACUGACUGCCCAUCCACUCUGACCACAGCCAGGGACCACAUCCCACUGCCUGCCCAAAGUCCAUUCAUGGAGGGAGCUGCUGAGGAGCCGCAUGGUCUAUCCCUGGAUUCUCCAAGCACUGACUCCCCAUCCUCUCUGACCACAGCCUGGGGCCACAUCCUACUGCCAUCCCAGUGUCCAUCCAUGGAAUUGAGCACCGUGUCCCCACUGGCCACCUCACCCACUGAAGGAGACGAUCUGUGUGACACAGAUGUUACCACCAUGGCCACACACAGUGUGACACUGCUCAUCUGCCUCUGUGGGCUGGCUGGGAACGGGGCUGUGCUCUGCCUCCUCAGCCUGAAAAGCGGGAACGCUGGCAUCUUUGACCUGGCUGUCAUGGACUUCCUCAUUCUCCUCUUUGCAGUCCCCUCUGCCCUCCUUAUCCUGGUGGAGGAUGUGUCUUGCUCUCUUAUCAUGCCCUUGAUGUACAUGAACUUCCUUUUCCAGCUGUCCGUGGUCUCCCACUACUGGGCCCUGCUCUGGCUGAUGCGCAGCAACAAGAUACUGUUUAUGCGUGAGAUCUGGAACCUCUGUUGCCGCUGCGACCUCCCUGAGCACCUGUGGUGGGUGCUGGACAGUGCCCAAUACUGGGCCUUCUUUGCUCUCUUCACUGUCAUUCCCUCAGUGACAUUCCUGUGCCCAUCACACGAGCAGGAGCACUGCCGGGCUGCUUUCAUUUCCAUGUACACCCUCAUCCUGCUCUUCUUGGCUGCACCCCUGCUCAUUUCCAGCACAAUCGAUUUAAUUAAUGCCAAGCCCGGCUCCCAGCAGCAGCAACCCAAGAGGCGUGACAUCGUUCUCUUCAUCAUUUUGCUCCUCACUCUCCUUCUCAGCCUCUGGAAUUUCCUGCAGCAGCUCAGUUACAUCACUGUGUCCUCACAGGUUGUUUUCCUGCUCACCUGCAUCCACAGCACCAUCAAACCCUUCAUCUACUUCUUGGUGGAGAGGUGCAGGAGGCCCUGCUCCAUGUGGUCCCUCCGGCUCUCCCUCCAGAGGAUUUUUGAAGAGCCAGAAGAAAACAAUGCCGACAGUGGUGAUCCUGCCAUGGACAUGGGGGUUUGAGCCUGUUGAUCCCUUCCACUACUCUGCUGAAGGAACCCAGGAAACUCGUUGAAGGUUUCCUUGGGCCUCCUGAUUGAUCAAUAUCUACAGGAUCACCCUCUCUAUGGUGCUGUAUUCCUGCAGGAGAAGGGAGCAGAGGCACUGCCUUGGGUGAUUUUUGUGGGAUGCUCUGCAGGGAGUACACUGGAGCAUGGCUUUCCUCCUCCCUGCUGGAUCCACAUAGCUCCAAGCAGUGCAGCUGGGCUCAGUGCUGUUCCCCAGCUCUAUUCCUCAUGGAAUGACCCUCAUGGCCUCAGCCCCAGGGAAUGAACUCCAUCUCCUUGGGCUCAGCAGAUGAGUUCCAUGGUGUUUUCAGGGAGCUCAUGCCUGUCCUGUGACACAAUGUGGCAGUGAUUUCCCAAAUCCCUGUGGGGCUGGUGCCUCUGGAUGGCAGGAGAGGGGUUGGGAUCACAGGGAGCAUCCUUCCCUUUCUGUCCAGCAGAGCCAGCCCUGCAUUCCCAGCUGAUGGGAAGGGACACCAGGUGGGGCGGCAGAGGUGGGGAGGGACAGCAACAUUCCCUUUUCCUCUUAGUGGGAAUUUGUCACAUUCUUGAAUUCUGGAAUUGAAUCCUUGUGUGUAAAGUUGAGGGUUGAUAGUGAACUCCACUGAACUCUUGUGCCUGUACCAGAAAGUACAUGGAAUAUGGAAAUUCCCAUCACCAGAUGCUUGGAACAUUUAGUUGCACAGAGAUUAGGGGGUUGUGCUGCUCUUCUGCAGAAUUGGGCCCCUCCAUCCUCUGGUUCCCCAGCAUCAAUGCCCAAGGAAGCCCUUGACCACCUCCAUCCUGAACCUGGCCACCCUCAGGAGGAGCUGCACAGCCACUCUGCACAGCAGCUUCAGCCACAGUCCAGCCUGUCCUGAUCUUUGUCAUUCUGUAACCACCCCUCAACCAGAUUUGGAUUCAUGGUUUUUGUUGGAUUCUAAUGUGAUACAACUGACUGUAGGACAUGGGGUUACAUGUUGAAGUAUUAAUGCUUGUGCUCACCAGAAGACCCUGAGGGAAAGGCACAGCUGCAGGCUGGGUGGAUGGGAGGUGCCUGAGGGCUGAGAGGCAGUCAGGAGUGCGGGAUAGUCAGAUGGGAGUGAGAUUGUGAUUGGCUGGGGGAACAUGUGGACAGCGUAUAAGCAGGAAGCUGAUUGGAUGGUAGGACAGGGGGUCAGCAGCACGGCAGCUGAGCCAGCCAAUGGGUGCCCUCCUUCUGUUAAAUUCAGUUAGGCCUCAGUUUGGUUCCCAUUAUGUCAGGUUGAGAUUAAAGGCAUAAACAGCGGCUGAUUUUUACAAUGAAACGAUCUCAUUCGGAUGCAUAA